UCGAGACUUUACGUCUUGGCGACGUUUGACUUGAGAACAAAUGCACGCAGUUGCAUUUAAAUACAUCGCCUCGCUGGUAGAUUUCUUGAAUGAACUGAGAGCAGUAAACAUUGACGUCUCUUGAAUUAAUAUAUUGGCAGCACCUACGCCAAAACAGGAAAAUGGCUGUGAACGUUUACUCAACCUCGGUGUGCAGUGACAACUUGAGUCGUCAUGACAUGCUUGCCUGGAUCAACGAAUCGUUACAGAUCAACCUUACUAAGAUAGAGCUGUUAUGUUCAGGUGCGGCCUACUGCCAGUUCAUGGACAUGCUCUUCCCCGGCUGUGUGCCUUUGAAGAAAGUCAAAUUUGCUGCAAAACUAGAGCACGAAUUCAUUCACAACUAUAAGAUCUUGCAAGCUGGCUUCAAAAGAAUGGGUGUCGAAAAAAUCAUCCCUGUUGACAAGUUGAUAAAAAGCAAGUUCCAGGACAACUUUGAGUUUGUGCAGUGGUUCAAGAAGUUCUUUGAUGCCAACUAUGAUGGGAAAGAGUACGAUCCUGUGGAGGCUCGCCAGGGCCAAGACUCAAUGUCCAAUCCCGCCAUGUCGGCCCUCAACAAGCCCAAGAAAAUCCUCAACGCUGCAUCCCAGCGAGCAGCAGUUGCCAAGGUAGCACCAAAAAUGGCGUCCAGCUUGGCGCGGAGACCAGGGGCUGGCGGAGGUGACGAGGAGCGGGCAGAACUCAUUCAGGAGGUAAAUAUACUGAAGUCCACCAUCCAGGACAUGGAGAAGGAGAGGGACUUUUAUUUCGGCAAACUGAGGAACAUUGAGCUCAUCUGCCAAGAAAAGGAAGGCGAGGGUGAUCCCACACUGCAGAGGAUCGUGGAUAUACUCUACGCCACAGAUGAGGGCUUUGUCAUACCGGACGCUGAGUCAGAGGACCAGGAGGAAUUCUAACAUUCAAGACUGGAUCAUGCAGCUUUUAAUACAACCCCUCAACCCACCAAACCCCUUCAAUCAGCUACAACAUCUCUAUCCUCUCCCUAUGUGCAACACCCACUCCAAAAAAUGUAUCAUGUUAUGCGUUCGUGAUCUCUGAGUGGACUGUAUAUCAAAUGUUUGUUUUCUGUAAAAUCAAGUUGAAAUAAGUAAGUGUGUGAAGUACCUAUUUUGAAAGCCCUUCUCUGGGUCAUCCCAUUGGCCCGUAUCAGCAUCAUGUUAGAAGGCAGCCAUUAUUAUUAUUAUUUUUUUUAAUUUAAAUUAAAUUUUACUCCUUUUUCUCCCCAAUUUCGUGGUAUCCAAUUGUAGCUACUAUCUUGUCUCAUCGCUACAACUCCCGUACGGGCUCGGGAGAGA